AUGUCUUCAAUCGACUUCUUUCUCUUCUCCUUUGCUCCUUCGGGACCUCAAAAAACCCUAAUUCUUGGUUUCGGUUCCGACUUUUUCACAUACUUCUCAAAUAUUGCAGUUCUUAGAAAUGCACUAUACUACAGAGGUAUUGGGCAUGCAUUUCAUACAAUUUGCAGAGAAGAAGGUUUUUUGGGAUUGUAUAAAGGACUUGGAGCGACACUGUUGGGUGUUGGGCCCAGUAUAGCAAUAAGCUUCUCAGUUUAUGAGGCUUUGAGGUCUUUUUGGCAGUCUGAAAGGCCCAAUGAUUCGACUGUAAUGGUCAGUCUUGCCUGCGGCAGUCUUUUAGUCAUUGCCUCAUCAACAGCAACAUUCCCUCUGGAUGUUGUGAGGCGAAGGAUGCAGUUGGAGGGGGCUGGUGGUCGAGCUCGCAUCUAUAAUACCGGCUUAGUUGGGACUUUUAAGCACAUAAUCCGGACUGAAGGCCUACGGGGCUUGUAUAGAGGGAUUCUGCCAGAAUAUUACAAGGUUGUCCCCAGUGUAGGCAUUGUCUUCAUGACUUACGAGACACUGAAAAUGCUUUUAUCGCGCAUCCAAGCAAGUGAUUCAUGCUUUUCUUUAGGUGUUUCUGGGAUUUCCAAUUCGGUUAUGUGCACCAAACGAGUGAUUCUAAGGUUGGCUAUCCAACAUUGGGUGGAUUUGCAGAGUUCGUAUCUGAAUUUGACAUGCCUAGUGGUUCAAGUUGAAAGAACAAAGAUGCAAGUGUUCUUGAGACUGGUAGGGCUUUUAGCCCUGCCAUGUUUGAAGGCGUUUUUAAAAUUUUUACUCCUGAUGUACCAACUAGCAUCUCGGGCAGACAAGAAGAUGCUUAGGAGUUCCCUUAGCUUCAUUAUGGAUCAUAUGCAUGAUGAAUUACUUAAGCUUGAAGGACAGCCCUCGAAGGAAAGACGAACUUUUUUUAAAGAAGGGUGGGUGACUAUCAAAGAGCAUUAUGUCAGGCCUCCAAGAUGGUGGAAAGAAUUUCAUCUUCAAGAUGGACGCAGACAUUAUAGUCAUCAAUUUGUAUUGAAAUGCUAG